AUGGCAUCUGCUACAGACAAGUCUGUCGAUAGAUUAGUGGUUAAUGCAAGAACGAGAAGACGGAACUCCUCUGUGGGAAAAAUUGACUUAGGUGAUACAGUGCCCGGGUUCGCGGCCAUGCCUGAAAGUGCAGCAUCCAAGAAUGAGGCCAAAAAGAGGAUGCAGGCGUUAACUGGCGAUUCCAAGAAAGAUAGUGACCUACUAUGGAAGGUUUGGUUUUCAUAUAGGGAAAUCAACUAUCGUCAUAGUUGGUUAACACCAUUAUUCAUACUUGUGUCAGUGUAUAGUGCAUAUUUCUCAUCUGGGAAUAGAACGGAAUCCAAUCCUCUGCAUAUGUUCGUAGCUAUAUCGUAUCAGGUCGAAGGUACUGACUCAUAUGGGAAAGGCAUUAAAGAUUUAAGUUUCGUGUUUUUCUACAUGAUCUUCUUCACAUUUCUACGUGAAUUUCUGAUGGACGUUGUAAUCCGACCAUUCAUAAUCUACUUAAAUGUUACCUCUGAACAUCGCCAAAAGCGUAUGUUAGAACAAAUGUACGCCAUAUUCUAUUGUGGCAUGUCAGGUCCAUUCGGCCUUUAUAUUAUGUACCAUAGUGAUUUAUGGCUGUUCAAGACCAAACCCAUGUACAGGACGUUCCCUGAUAUAACCAAUCCAUUCUUGUUCAAGAUAUUCUACUUAGGCCAAGCAGCAUUUUGGGCACAACAAGCUUGUGUUCUUGUUUUGCAAUUGGAGAAACCAAGAAAGGAUUAUAAGGAGCUGGUUUUCCAUCAUAUUGUGACAUUGCUACUGAUUUGGUCAUCAUAUGUCUUCCAUUUUACAAAAAUGGGGCUAGCGAUUUAUAUUACCAUGGAUAUGUCUGAUUUUUUUCUUUCCUUAUCCAAGACUUUGAACUACCUCAAUUCUGUACUUACACCUUUUGUUUUCGGCUUGUUCGUGUUUUUUUGGAUUUAUCUACGUCAUAUUGUGAAUAUUAGAAUAUUGUGGUCUGUCUUGACGGAGUUUCGCCAUGAAGGAAACUACGUGCUGAACUUUGCCACACAACAAUACAAAUGUUGGAUCUCUUUACCAAUUGUAUUUGUGCUAAUUGCAGCUCUACAAUUAGUGAAUUUGUAUUGGUUGUUUCUUAUUCUUAGAAUCUUGUAUAGAUUGGUAUGGCAAGGUAUUCAAAAAGAUGAAAGAAGUGAAAGUGAUUACGGUGAAAGCGCUGAAGAGGAAGAAUCUAAGGAAAAACGGGAAUAA